AUUGGGCAAGUAGCAAUAUUUUUAGAUUAUAGAUUGGGAAAAAACCAAUAACUAAUGAAGCAAAUUGUCACUUUCAAACAAAAUAAAUUGAUUGAUAACUCAAUUGCUUAGUUGUUAUAGACCUAUAAGCACUGGAUUUGGUUUUAUGUUCAGAGCAAAUUCUUGUGUUAAGUAAGCAAAUCGGUUUUUUGACAUGAGUUCUCUGUUUCGCGGUCGUGGGCUACAACUUGAAGAAGAACAUGUAGUAGCAGCCGGCGUUGUCAAUCCCGAAUUAGAUCCUCACCAGAUAACAAAGGCCAGAAACAACGCCUUUCAUGUUGCAGUACUACAUGAAACUAAUCCCAAAGAUUUACCUGUGCAGAGAUUGCUACUAUCCCAUCCCUUGCUUGCCUUUCAGCCAAACAAGAAAUUCGACACCCCGCUACAUUUGGCGGCCAAGUUGGGGAAUGAGAGUUUCGCAAUGGUUCUGAUAGAUCAUGCAAAGACAUUAGGCCAUGAUAGUGACUACAGAAAUCUGCUGAGGAAGGUGAAUUAUGAGAAGGAAAACACAGCACUUCAUGAAGCUGUGAUCAACGGUCAUUUGGAAAUUGCAAAGCGGUUGAUUCGAGAAGAUCCGACAUUGACAUCUUUGGUGAAUAAGGCAGGGGAAUCUCCUCUGUUUCUUGCUGUAGAGGGACGUUUUUAUGAGAUUGCUUCUAUCAUUUUGGACACUACUUUUCCUGAUUACUCUGUGUUAGGAAGAAGCAUGCUGCUGUCAUUCGUUCCUGCCCUACAGUUGAUGCAAGGCUGCUUUCAAGAAAAGUUACCACGGCCAAGGAUUUUUACGGUAAAAUUUGCUAUAAAGGUGUUAGAGAGAUGUGGAUCCCAGAUUUUAGAAAAAGCAGAAGAUGAGUUAGGAUGGACUCCUCUUCACUAUGCUACAAACAUGGGACUUACAGGCAUGGUAUACCUAUUCUUGAAAGUUAAAAGAUCAGUUGCUUACAUCAAAGAUAAACAAGGCAUGACAGCUCUUCACAUCGCGGCAAGGAAAGGAUACGUUGAAGUGAUCAAGGAAUUGAUGGAAGAAUGUUCAGAUAUUGGUGAGAUUUUGGACAACAAAGAUCGAACUGCACUUCAUAUUGCUGCUGAACACAAUUGUCACUCUGCGGUACGUACUUUACUGAAUGAGAGAGGUUUCAGUUAUCUUAUAAAUGAGCAAGACAAUGAAGGAAAUACAGCUCUACAUGUUGCUGCUAUUCAUUCUCGUUAUGGAAUUAUGAAUAGUUUGACAAGUAAUAAAAUGACCAACAAGAGAAUGACCAAUAAGAUGGGGAUAACUGCGUUUGAGAUUCUUCUCAAAUCAACAACAAUUACGGGUUUUAUAAUUGGAAAGUUUAUUGUUGGACUAAAAUUGUGGCUGGCCAAGAAUAAAGACCCUCUUCUAAGUUUGCAAGACACUGGAUUUAGGAUGGUGGAAGAACAUGGAAAAAACGAAGAAACAAGUGAAGAAACCCAAAUAGAAAAGACCGAAUUUGGUGGACCAAUUAAAGAAAAUAGUGGUGUAGAUUUACAACACAUGCAAAACAUGAACUUGGUGGUGACCACACUCAUUGCAGGUAUCACAUUUCAAGCAGUCAUAACCAUGCCUGGUGCUGCCCAAUACAAAACUAAAAAAGGCCUUGGAGCUUUCAAAGCUUUCAUGAUAGCGGAUUCUAUGGCUUUCGGUUUUUCUGCAGGCUCUUUGUUAAUCCACUUCAUCUUUGCAAUGUUUUCCAUGAUCUUUGGAAGGAGAUUUAGAUAUCCUACUAUGGUCACAAUAUCUUUCAUCUUUAUUUCCAUAUUUUUUUUUGUGUGUGCCUUUGUCGCUGGUGCAAACGCCUUGUUGCACGAGAAGACAGAGCUAAGGAGUCUGCUUUUAGAGACUAAAAUAGGUUGGUUUUCUAGUAUUCCUGGAAAUUAUGCACUCGCAGCAUUCUAUCUCACUACAUUUUAUGUCUUCAUCACCCUUGUUGACCUCAAGAAAUAA